AUGCCGCUUAUUGUCCCGACUCCACCUGCGCAUCCAGCGCAGUCGCCCAACCAGGCAAAUGGCGAGUUGCUCGGGCGUCUCAUGAAACUCUAUCGUGCGCUAUGUGUGCGUCACGACGAGUUGGGACAAGAGGUCAUCCUGAACGACAUAUUGGCCUUUCUGACACGAACUCACCAGCACGAUAUGGCGGAAAGUGUCAUCGCCACCUGUGAGAUUAGUCUGCCGCACCGCUCCAACAAUCAGGCGGCACGCUACUUCUACUACGUUGGACUCACGCGUGCUCUUCGGCUUGAGUACGUGGAUGCGAACCAGUGCCUGCAGCAGGCUCUGCGCAAGGCUCCUGAGCGUGCGUUUGGCUUUCGUGUCGCGGCGACCAAACUUGCGCUCGUGGUCCAGUUGCUGCUGGGUGAGAUUCCGCCCCGUUCGGACUUUUUGCAGAAGGAUAUGCGGGAGAGUCUUUCGCCGUACUUGCAACUUGCCUCCUGUGUGCGAUUUGGGCAACUGAGUCGAUUCAUGUCCAUUCUGCAGCAGCACAAGAACAUUUUUGAGCAUGAUCGCACCUAUUCUUUAAUUUUGAGGGUACGGCAGCAUGUCAUCAAGACUGGGCUGCGCCGUAUUUGUCACGCGUAUAGCCGCAUUAGUAUACCUGACAUCUGUUUCAAACUCUCCAUGGAAAAUCCUGCCGAUGCAGAGUACAUUAUUGCCAAAGCUAUUCGUGACGGUGUCAUUGACGCCGUAAUCGACCACGAGAAGGGUCAUCUCAUCAGCAGUGACACCGUGGAUGUGUAUUCCACAUCUGAACCACUUCUAGCCCUGCAGCGCCGCAUUCAGUUCCUCAACGUCACACACAAUGAUGCCAAGCGGUCGAUGCGUUACACCGCAGCUGAUCCUGAGCUCGAGGAGGAGCGAAGAAAAGUGGAUCGCGAAGAGAUGGAUUCUGCUCUGCGUGCUGCCCUGGAAGAUGAGGAAUUGGGCGGCACCGAUUUUGAGGAUGGUUUGCCGUAG